AUGGGCACAGGUGGUGGGACACGAAUACCACUAUGGAUAUCAAUACUAGCACUUGCCUUCGUACACAUCAAAGUGGAAGCCCAGAAUGAUGAACCACAAACAAAAUCAAAGUCUAUUUCUCCAUCGGUCCUGCAGGGACAAAAAUUUUUUCCACCAUCCAAAGGAGUGCAAAUCAUUCCACCCUUUCAAAACACGCUGAAAGUAAAGGCUGGAAACCCCUCUCACAAUGGCCGUGUGUGCAGCACGUGGGGUAACUUCCACUACAAGACCUUUGAUGGGGACAUCUUUUACUUCCCUGGGGUCUGCAAUUACAUCUUUGCCUCCAACUGCAAAUCUCCCUAUGAGGAUUUCAACAUCCAGAUCAGGCGUACGAUGGCACAAAACGCUACCGUAAUCACCCACGUCAUCAUGAAGGUGGAAGGAGCAGUGAUUGAGCUGAGUCGUGGCUCCGUCCAUCUGGAUGGCAAACUGGUUCACAUGCCUUACAGCCAUAUGGGAGUCCUCAUGGAGAAAAGUAACAACUACAUAAAAGUUUCUGCCAAGAUAGGAGUGACCUUCCUUUGGAAUGAAGAGGAUGCCCUUCUGGUGGAGCUAGAUAAGAAGUAUGCCAACCAAACCUGUGGGCUUUGUGGGGACUUCAAUGGGAUUCCACUCUACAGUGAAUUUGUUUCAGGGAAGACAAAACUGACUCACUUGCAGUAUGGGAAUAUGCAUAAGAUGGAUGGACCCACGGAGCAGUGUGCUGAUCCUCUUCCUUCUGUUGUGCCAGUGAACUGUUCAUCUGAAUUUGCAACUAUCUGUCAGACAGUGUUAACCAGCAAAGCAUUUACAAGCUGCAAUGCUCUCGUGAACGUUCAGGACUACAUUGAAACUUGCAUACAAGACCUCUGCCACUGUGACAGCUCUAUGGCUGACUUCUGCAUGUGCAACACCUUUGCUGAGUACUCCAGGCAGUGUGCUCAUGCUGGUGGACAGCCUCUGAACUGGAGAACCUCAGAGCUGUGUCCCAAAUCGUGUCCUUUCAACAUGCAAUACCAGGAGUGUGGCUCACCCUGCUCGGACACGUGCAGCAACCCGGAACGCUCUGAACUUUGUGAAGAUCACUGCACAGAUGGCUGCGUCUGCCCUCCAGGAACUGUAUUUGAUGACAUCAAUGGUGCUGGCUGCAUUCCCCGCAGAGCCUGCCACUGUACCUAUGAAGGGGAAACUUAUGCUCCUGGUGCCUCCUUCUCAUCCAAAUGCAGAUCAUGUACCUGUGUCGGAGGUGAAUGGUCUUGCAUCACCCGGUCAUGCCCUGGAACUUGCAGUGUUGAAGGAGGUUCUCACAUUUCCACAUUUGAUGAGAAACAUUACUCCUUCUUUGGAGACUGCAGCUAUGUCCUAACCAAGCUCUGUGACAGCAACGAAUUCAGUGUCCUGGGAGACAUCCACAAGUGUGGCCUGUCUGACACCGAGACAUGCCUGAAGAGUAUAGCUGUCAGCCUGAAUGGAGGACAAACUAACAUUGUGAUCCAAGCUUCUGGCAGUGUAUUUGUGAAUAUGAUCUACACACAGCUGCCAUUCUCUGCAGCAAACAUCACGAUCUUCAGACCAUCAUCUUUCUUCAUCAUUCUGGAAACAAACUUUGGCCUUCAGCUAGAGGUUCAGCUGGUGCCUCUCAUGCAAGUGUAUAUAGACCUAGACCCAUCACAUAAAGGGCAGACCUGUGGUCUCUGUGGAAACUUCAACGAUGUGCAGACAGAUGAUUUCAAAACCACCAGUGGUGUAAUAGAGGGCACUUCAGCUGCUUUUGGCAACACUUGGAAGAUCCGGGCUGAUUGCCCUAAUGCCAAAAACACCUUUGAGGACCCCUGUACUGUCAGCAUACAAAAUGACCAGUAUGCUCAGCACUGGUGUGGACUGCUCUCUGAUGCCAGGGGACCUUUUGCUGAAUGUCACUCUACAGUGAAUCCAGAAGUUUAUCAGAAGAACUGCAUGUUUGACACGUGUAACUGUGAGAAGAGUGAGGACUGCAUGUGUGCUGCCCUUUCCAGCUACGCCAGGGCCUGCGCUGCUAAAGGAAUUCUCCUCACUGGGUGGAGGACCAAAGCCUGCACAAAAUACACCAAGCUGUGUCCAAAAUCCUUGGAGUACUCUUACUACAUCAACUCCUGCCAACCCACCUGCCGCUCUCUGAGCGAGCCUGAUGUCACAUGCAACAUCGAGUUUGUCCCAGUUGAUGGUUGCACCUGCAUAAAUGGAACUUACAUGGAUGACAGUGGGAAAUGUGUGCCUGCUUCCAGCUGUCCUUGCUACUACAAGGGAACACCUCUGUCUUCUGGAGAAGUCAUCCAUGAUAACGGCAUUGUCUGCACUUGCUCUUAUGGAAAGCUGAGCUGCAGUGGGGAGAAACCUGAAACAGUCUGCAAACCUCCCAUGGUCUAUAUUGACUGUAGCAAUGCCACUGGAGAUGUAAUAGGGGCAGGAUGCCAAAAGAGCUGUCAGACUCUAGAUAUGGAAUGUUACAAAACCCACUGUGUCUCUGGCUGCGUGUGUCCUCACAACAAAGUGUUAGAUGGCAAAGGCCGCUGCAUAGCUCCAGAAGAUUGUCCAUGUGUUCACAAUGGGAAUUUCUACAAGCCAGGAGAAUCAAUCAGAGUUGGCUGCAACAACUGCACAUGCAGAAACAGAAAAUGGCACUGCUCCCAGGAACCCUGCCUGCAAACCUGUUCUGUUUAUGGAGAUGGGCACUACACCACCUUUGAUGGCAAGCGCUUUGAUUUUGAAGGAGACUGUGAAUAUGUUCUGGUCCAGAACUACUGUGGUCAACAGAACACAGGGAAUGAGGGAACCUUCAGAGUUAUCACUGAGAACAUUCCAUGUGGCACUACAGGAACCACUUGCUCUAAGUCUAUUAAAGUUUUCCUGGGGAACUAUGAGCUGGUACUCAAUGAUGGACACUCUGAUGUCAUCCAGAGGGCACCUGGGGGAAAAAUGCCAUUCCAAAUCCGUUCCAUGGGCAUCUACCUUGUGGUGGACACUAGUGUUGGCCUGAUACUCAUGUGGGACAAGAAAACCAGCAUAUUCAUCAAACUCAGCCCCAGCUUUGAGGGACAUGUCUGUGGACUUUGUGGAAACUAUGAUGGCAAUGGGAAUAAUGACUUCACUACUCGCAGUCAGUCUGUGGUGGGAAAUGUGCUGGAGUUUGCCAACAGCUGGAAGGUGUCUUCUAGUUGCCCCACAGCCAAUGGUACAAAGGAUCCAUGCACUGCCAACCCGUACAGGAAAGCCUGGGCGCAGAAGCAAUGCAGCAUCAUUACCAGUGAAGUGUUUGCAAAGUGUCACUCCCAGAUUGAACCAAAUGAAUAUUAUCAAGCAUGUGUGGAUGAUGCCUGUGCCUGUGACACCGGAGGGGACUGUGAAUGUUUCUGCACAGCAGUAGCUGCCUAUGCUCAAGCCUGCAAUGAGUUGGACAUCUGCAUUUCAUGGAGAACCCCAUCCAUUUGUCCUCUCUUCUGUGACUACUACAACCCCCAAGGGGAGUGUGAGUGGCAUUACAAGCCGUGCGGAGCCCCUUGUAUGAAGACCUGCAAAAAUCCAAGUGGGAAAUGCCUUCAUGAGUUGAGAGGUUUGGAAGGCUGCUAUCCAAACUGUCCAAAGAACAAGCCCUAUUUUGAUGAAGAGACCAUGACUUGUGUUGAUACUUGUGGUUGUUAUGAAAAUGGAAAGAAUUACAAACCAGGAAUGCUGAUGCCUUCAAAGGAGAACUGUCAAUCAUGUGAAUGCACAAUUCAUGGCAAAAAAUGCAGCUAUGAUGUAUACGAAUGUCUCUGCAUUUAUGAGGGGAAAAGAUAUGGCUAUAAAGAUGUGGUCUACAAUACCACAGAUGGCAUAGGAGGGUGCAUUGUAGCGGUUUGUGGUCCCAAUGGAACACUUGAAAGGAUCAUCUAUGACUGUCCAGUCUCAACAACACCCUCAACAACCUUCCACUUCAGUACUACUACAGCUCCCAUUACUACCACAGGGUCAGCAUCACCGACUACAUCAGAGUGCGUUCGUGAAGUCUGCGAGUGGUCACAGUGGUAUGAUGGCAGUGUGCAAACCCCUGGCUAUGACGGUGGAGAUUUUGAAACCUUUGAUGAUUUGAGAGCCAAAGGUUAUGAAGUCUGCAAAGCUCCUCGGGCUGUUGAAUGCAGGGCAGAAAAAUUCCCUGACAUACCACUGAAGGACCUUGGCCAAAAACUAGAAUGCAGUACAAAAAAUGGGCUUAUAUGCUACAACAAGGAUCAAAUUACAACAAUGUGCAACAAUUAUGAAAUCAGAGUCUUAUGCUGUGCUUUCGUACCGUGCUCCUUGACAACACCGACCACGAGCACAGAAAUUACAACGUCUUCAACGACUACAACAUCUGUAACUCCAACAACCACAACUGAAUCCACCCCUCUCACCUCUACCCCAACAAUACCUCUUUGUAUUAAAGAAGAAUGUUACUGGUCAAGGUGGUACGAUGUCAAUUACCCUGGCUCUGGAUAUAAUGAUGGAGACUUUGAAACAAUUAAGAAUAUUGAAAAGAAGGGAUACAAAGUCUGUGAAAACAGAAAAGCUGUGGAAUGCAGAGCAGUAAGGUUCCCAUUUACACCAUAUCCUCUCCUGGAGCAAAACAUCACAUGCAACGCAAAAGAAGGUUUGACAUGCUACAACAAAAAUCAACUACCACCCAUCUGCUACAACUAUGAAGUGAGAUUUAAAUGCUGUAAAAACGUAACAGUACCAUGCGAGAUAACAACUACACCAACAUCUCUAAUAACAUCGACAACACUGAGCACAACAUCGACAGAAAUAACAACACCGCAUAUAUACACCAGGCAUGAGACAACAACAUCAAUCACUACACCACCAACACAGCCGAUUCACAUAAGAACAACGACACCAUACCAAUCGACCACAGCCACCUGCGAGCCUGAAAUAUGCCGCUGGAGCGAAUGGUUGGACGUCGACUUCCCCUCUGCAGGACCCAACCAGGGAGACUUUGAAACCUACCAGCACAUCCGGGCCGCCGGCAAGAAAGUCUGUCUACAUCCAAAGGAAAUCGACUGCCGGGCCGAGGACUACCCCGAGCUUCCCAUCACGCAGGUCGGGCAGGUCGUGCAGUGCGACGUCAACUUUGGACUGGUCUGCAAGAACGAAGACCAGACUGGCAAAUUUAAGAUGUGCCUCAACUACAAGAUCCGCGUCCUCUGCUGCAGCGCCAACCCCAACUGCCCAGGACCUAUACCCUACAGCACCACCACCCCGACCAGCACCACCACUCACGCAGCGCCAACCUCCACCUCUGUAACCACCUCCACCCAGUCCACCUCCUCAGAGACCACAUCCCCGACCUACACCACCACCACCGGCCCCACGCCCUCACCUACCCCUUACGUCCCCACCACCACGACCCCCCACGUCUCUACUCCCUGCGAGCCCGAAAUAUGCCGCUGGAGCGAAUGGUUGGAUGUCGACUUCCCCUCUGCAGGACCCAACCAGGGAGACUUUGAAACCUACCAGCACAUACGGGCCGCCGGCAAGAAAGUCUGUCUACAUCCAAAGGAAAUCGACUGCCGGGCCGAGGACUACCCCGAGCUUCCCAUCACGCAGGUCGGGCAGGUCGUGCAGUGCGACGUCAACUUUGGACUGGUCUGCAAGAACGAAGACCAGACUGGCAAAUUUAAGAUGUGCCUCAACUACAAGAUCCGCGUCCUCUGCUGCAGCGCCAACCCCAACUGCCCAGGACCUAUACCCUACAGCACCACCACCCCGACCAGCACCACCACUCACGCAGCGCCAACCUCCACCUCUGUAACCACCUCCACCCAGUCCACCUCCUCAGAGACCACAUCCCCGACCUACACCACCACCACCCGCCCCACGCCCUCACCAACCCCUUACGUCCCCACCACCACGACCCCCCACGUCUCUACCCCCUGCGAGCCCGAAAUAUGCCGCUGGAGUGAAUGGUUGGACGUCGACUUCCCCUCUGCAGGACCCAACCAGGGAGACUUUGAAACCUACCAGCACAUACGGGCCGCCGGCAAGAAAGUCUGUCUACAUCCAAAGGAAAUCGACUGCCGGGCCGAGGACUACCCCGAGCUUCCCAUCACGCAGGUCGGGCAGGUCGUGCAGUGCGACGUCAACUUUGGACUGGUCUGCAAGAACGAAGACCAGACUGGCAAAUUUAAGAUGUGCCUCAACUACAAGAUCCGCGUCCUCUGCUGCAGCGCCAACCCCAACUGCCCAGGACCUAUACCCUACAGCACCACCACCCCGACCAGCACCACCACUCACGCAGCGCCAACCUCCACCUCUGUAACCACCUCCACCCAGUCCACCUCCUCAGAGACCACAUCCCCGACCUACACCACCACCACCCGCCCCACGCCCUCACCUACCCCUUACGUCCCCACCACCACGACCCCCCACGUCUCUACUCCCUGCGAGCCCGAAAUAUGCCGCUGGAGCGAAUGGUUGGACGUCGACUUCCCCUCUGCAGGACCCAACCAGGGAGACUUUGAAACCUACCAGCACAUCCGGGCCGCCGGCAAGAAAGUCUGUCUACAUCCAAAGGAAAUCGACUGCCGGGCCGAGGACUACCCCGAGCUUCCCAUCACGCAGGUCGGGCAGGUCGUGCAGUGCGACGUCAACUUUGGACUGGUCUGCAAGAACGAAGACCAGACUGGCAAAUUUAAGAUGUGCCUCAACUACAAGAUCCGCGUCCUCUGCUGCAGCGCCAACCCCAACUGCCCAGGACCUAUACCCUACAGCAGCACCACCACUCACGCAGCGCCAACCUCCACCUCUGUAACCACCUCCACCCAGUCCACCUCCUCAGAGACCACAUCCCCGACCUACACCACCACCACCCGCCCCACGCCCUCACCAACCCCUUACGUCCCCACCACCACGACCCCCCACGUCUCUACCCCCUGCGAGCCCGAAAUAUGCCGCUGGAGUGAAUGGUUGGACGUCGACUUCCCCUCUGCAGGACCCAACCAGGGAGACUUUGAAACCUACCAGCACAUCCGGGCCGCCGGCAAGAAAGUCUGUCUACAUCCAAAGGAAAUCGACUGCCGGGCCGAGGACUACCCCGAGCUUCCCAUCACGCAGGUCGGGCAGGUCGUGCAGUGCGACGUCAACUUUGGACUGGUCUGCAAGAACGAAGACCAGACUGGCAAAUUUAAGAUGUGCCUCAACUACAAGAUCCGCGUCCUCUGCUGCAGCGCCAACCCCAACUGCCCAGGACCUAUACCCUACAGCACCACCACCCCGACCAGCACCACCACUCACGCAGCGCCAACCUCCACCUCUGUAACCACCUCCACCCAGUCCACCUCCUCAGAGACCACAUCCCCGACCUACACCACCACCACCCGCCCCACGCCCUCACCAACCCCUUACGUCCCCACCACCACGACCCCCCACGUCUCUACCCCCUGCGAGCCCGAAAUAUGCCGCUGGAGCGAAUGGUUGGACGUCGACUUCCCCUCUGCAGGACCCAACCAGGGAGACUUUGAAACCUACCAGCACAUCCGGGCCGCCGGCAAGAAAGUCUGUCUACAUCCAAAGGAAAUCGACUGCCGGGCCGAGGACUACCCCGAGCUUCCCAUCACGCAGGUCGGGCAGGUCGUGCAGUGCGACGUCAACUUUGGACUGGUCUGCAAGAACGAAGACCAGACUGGCAAAUUUAAGAUGUGCCUCAACUACAAGAUCCGCGUCCUCUGCUGCAGCGCCAACCCCAACUGCCCAGGACCUAUACCCUACAGCACCACCACCCCGACCAGCACCACCACUCACGCAGCGCCAACCUCCACCUCUGUAACCACCUCCACCCAGUCCACCUCCUCAGAGACCACAUCCCCGACCUACACCACCACCACCCGCCCCACGCCCUCACCAACCCCUUACGUCCCCACCACCACGACCCCCCACGUCUCCACCCCCUGCGAGCCCGAAAUAUGCCGCUGGAGCGAAUGGUUGGACGUCGACUUCCCCUCUGCAGGACCCAACCAGGGAGACUUUGAAACCUACCAGCACAUCCGGGCCGCCGGCAAGAAAGUCUGUCUACAUCCAAAGGAAAUCGACUGCCGGGCCGAGGACUACCCCGAGCUUCCCAUCACGCAGGUCGGGCAGGUCGUGCAGUGCGACGUCAACUUUGGACUGGUCUGCAAGAACGAAGACCAGACUGGCAAAUUUAAGAUGUGCCUCAACUACAAGAUCCGCGUCCUCUGCUGCAGCGCCAACCCCAACUGCCCAGGACCUAUACCCUACAGCACCACCACCCCGACCAGCACCACCACUCACGCAGCGCCAACCUCCACCUCUGUAACCACCUCCACCCAGUCCACCUCCUCAGAGACCACAUCCCCGACCUACACCACCACCACCCGCCCCACGCCCUCACCAACCCCUUACGUCCCCACCACCACGACCCCCCACGUCUCUACCCCCUGCGAGCCCGAAAUAUGCCGCUGGAGCGAAUGGUUGGACGUCGACUUCCCCUCUGCAGGACCCAACCAGGGAGACUUUGAAACCUACCAGCACAUCCGGGCCGCCGGCAAGAAAGUCUGUCUACAUCCAAAGGAAAUCGACUGCCGGGCCGAGGACUACCCCGAGCUUCCCAUCACGCAGGUCGGGCAGGUCGUGCAGUGCGACGUCAACUUUGGACUGGUCUGCAAGAACGAAGACCAGACUGGCAAAUUUAAGAUGUGCCUCAACUACAAGAUCCGCGUCCUCUGCUGCAGCGCCAACCCCAACUGCCCAGGACCUAUACCCUACAGCACCACCACCCCGACCAGCACCACCACUCACGCAGCGCCAACCUCCACCUCUGUAACCACCUCCACCCAGUCCACCUCCUCAGAGACCACAUCCCCGACCUACACCACCACCACCCGCCCCACGCCCUCACCAACCCCUUACGUCCCCACCACCACGACCCCCCACGUCUCUACCCCCUGCGAGCCCGAAAUAUGCCGCUGGAGCGAAUGGUUGGACGUCGACUUCCCCUCUGCAGGACCCAACCAGGGAGACUUUGAAACCUACCAGCACAUACGGGCCGCCGGCAAGAAAGUCUGUCUACAUCCAAAGGAAAUCGACUGCCGGGCCGAGGACUACCCCGAACUUCCCAUCACGCAGGUCGGGCAGGUCGUGCAGUGCGACGUCAACUUUGGACUGGUCUGCAAGAACGAAGACCAGACUGGCAAAUUUAAGAUGUGCCUCAACUACAAGAUCCGCGUCCUCUGCUGCAGCGCCAACCCCAACUGCCCAGGACCUAUACCCUACAGCACCACCACCCCGACCAGCACCACCACUCACGCAGCGCCAACCUCCACCUCUGUAACCACCUCCACCCAGUCCACCUCCUCAGAGACCACAUCCCCAACCUACACCACCACCACCGGCCCCACACCCUCACCUACCCCUUACGUCCCCACCACCACGACCCCCCACGUCUCUACCCCCUGCGAGCCCGAAAUAUGCCGCUGGAGCGAAUGGUUGGACGUCGACUUCCCCUCUGCAGGACCCAACCAGGGAGACUUUGAAACCUACCAGCACAUCCGGGCCGCCGGCAAGAAAGUCUGCCUACAUCCAAAGGAAAUCGACUGCCGGGCCGAGGACUACCCCGAGCUUCCCAUCACGCAGGUCGGGCAGGUCGUGCAGUGCGACGUCAACUUUGGACUGGUCUGCAAGAACGAAGACCAGACUGGCAAAUUUAAGAUGUGCCUCAACUACAAGAUCCGCGUCCUCUGCUGCAGCGCCAACCCCAACUGCCCAGGACCUAUACCCUACAGCACCACCACCCCGACCAGCACCACCACUCACGCAGCGCCAACCUCCACCUCUGUAACCACCUCCACCCAGUCCACCUCCUCAGAGACCACAUCCCCGACCUACACCACCACCACCCGCCCCACGCCCUCACCAACCCCUUACGUCCCCACCACCACGACCCCCCACGUCUCUACCCCCUGCGAGCCCGAAAUAUGCCGCUGGAGCGAAUGGUUGGACGUCGACUUCCCCUCUGCAGGACCCAACCAGGGAGACUUUGAAACCUACCAGCACAUACGGGCCGCCGGCAAGAAAGUCUGUCUACAUCCAAAGGAAAUCGACUGCCGGGCUGAGGACUACCCCGAGCUUCCCAUCACGCAGGUCGGGCAGGUCGUGCAGUGCGACGUCAACUUUGGACUGGUCUGCAAGAACGAAGACCAGACUGGCAAAUUUAAGAUGUGCCUCAACUACAAGAUCCGCGUCCUCUGCUGCAGCGCCAACCCCAACUGCCCAGGACCUAUACCCUACAGCACCACCACCCCGACCAGCACCACCACUCACGCAGCGCCAACCUCCACCUCUGUAACCACCUCCACCCAGUCCACCUCCUCAGAGACCACAUCCCCGACCUACACCACCACCACCGGCCCCACACCCUCACCUACCCCUUACGUCCCCACCACCACGACCCCCCACGUCUCUACCCCCUGCGAGCCCGAAAUAUGCCGCUGGAGCGAAUGGUUGGACAUCGACUUCCCCUCUGCAGGACCCAACCAGGGAGACUUUGAAACCUACCAGCACAUCCGGGCUGCCGGCAAGAAAGUCUGUCUACAUCCAAAGGAAAUCGACUGCCGGGCCGAGGACUACCCCGAGCUUCCCAUCACGCAGGUCGGGCAGGUCGUGCAGUGCGACGUCAACUUUGGACUGGUCUGCAAGAACGAAGACCAGACUGGCAAAUUUAAGAUGUGCCUCAACUACAAGAUCCGCGUCCUCUGCUGCAGCGCCAACCCCAACUGCCCAGGACCUAUACCCUACAGCACCACCACCCCGACCAGCACCACCACUCACGCAGCGCCAACCUCCACCUCUGUAACCACCUCCACCCAGUCCACCUCCUCAGAGACCACAUCCCCGACCUACACCACCACCACCCGCCCCACGCCCUCACCAACCCCUUACGUCCCCACCACCACGACCCCCCACGUCUCUACCCCCUGCGAGCCCGAAAUAUGCCGCUGGAGCGAAUGGUUGGACGUCGACUUCCCCUCUGCAGGACCCAACCAGGGAGACUUUGAAACCUACCAGCACAUCCGGGCCGCCGGCAAGAAAGUCUGUCUACAUCCAAAGGAAAUCGACUGCCGGGCCGAGGACUACCCCGAGCUUCCCAUCACGCAGGUCGGGCAGGUCGUGCAGUGCGACGUCAACUUUGGACUGGUCUGCAAGAACGAAGACCAGACUGGCAAAUUUAAGAUGUGCCUCAACUACAAGAUCCGCGUCCUCUGCUGCAGCGCCAACCCCAACUGCCCAGGACCUAUACCCUACAGCACCACCACCCCGACCAGCACCACCACUCACGCAGCGCCAACCUCCACCUCUGUAACCACCUCCACCCAGUCCACCUCCUCAGAGACCACAUCCCCGACCUACACCACCACCACCCGCCCCACGCCCUCACCAACCCCUUACGUCCCCACCACCACGACCCCCCAUGUCUCUACCCCCUGCGAGCCUGAAAUAUGCCGCUGGAGCGAAUGGUUGGACGUCGACUUCCCCUCUGCAGGACCCAACCAGGGAGACUUUGAAACCUACCAGCACAUCCGGGCCGCCGGCAAGAAAGUCUGUCUACAUCCAAAGGAAAUCGACUGCCGGGCCGAGGACUACCCCGAGCUUCCCAUCACGCAGGUCGGGCAGGUCGUGCAGUGCGACGUCAACUUUGGACUGGUCUGCAAGAACGAAGACCAGACUGGCAAAUUUAAGAUGUGCCUCAACUACAAGAUCCGCGUCCUCUGCUGCAGCGCCAACCCCAACUGCCCAGGACCUAUACCCUACAGCACCACCACCCCGACCAGCACCACCACUCACGCAGCGCCAACCUCCACCUCUGUAACCACCUCCACCCAGUCCACCUCCUCAGAGACCACAUCCCCGACCUACACCACCACCACCGGCCCCACGCCCUCACCUACCCCUUACGUCCCCACCACCACGACCCCCCACGUCUCUACCCCCCUGCGAGCCCGAAAUAUGCCGCUGGAGCGAAUGCACAUCCGGGCCGCCGGCAAGAAAGUCUGUCUACAUCCAAAGGAAAUCGACUGCCGGGCCGAGGACUACCCCGAGCUUCCCAUCACGCAGGUCGGGCAGGUCGUGCAGUGCGACGUCAACUUUGGACUGGUCUGCAAGAACGAAGACCAGACUGGCAAAUUUAAGAUGUGCCUCAACUACAAGAUCCGCGUCCUCUGCUGCAGCGCCAACCCCAACUGCCCAGGACCUAUACCCUACAGCACCACCACCCCGACCAGCACCACCACUCACGCAGCGCCAACCUCCACCUCUGUAACCACCUCCACCCAGUCCACCUCCUCAGAGACCACAUCCCCGACCUACACCACCACCACCCGCCCCACGCCCUCACCAACCCCUUACGUCCCCACCACCACGACCCCCCAUGUCUCUACCCCCUGCGAGCCUGAAAUAUGCCGCUGGAGCGAAUGGUUGGACGUCGACUUCCCCUCUGCAGGACCCAACCAGGGAGACUUUGAAACCUACCAGCACAUCCGGGCCGCCGGCAAGAAAGUCUGUCUACAUCCAAAGGAAAUCGACUGCCGGGCCGAGGACUACCCCGAGCUUCCCAUCACGCAGGUCGGGCAGGUCGUGCAGUGCGACGUCAACUUUGGACUGGUCUGCAAGAACGAAGACCAGACUGGCAAAUUUAAGAUGUGCCUCAACUACAAGAUCCGCGUCCUCUGCUGCAGCGCCAACCCCAACUGCCCAGGACCUAUACCCUACAGCACCACCACCCCGACCAGCACCACCACUCACGCAGCGCCAACCUCCACCUCUGUAACCACCUCCACCCAGUCCACCUCCUCAGAGACCACAUCCCCGACCUACACCACCACCACCCGCCCCACGCCCUCACCUACCCCUUACGUCCCCACCACCACGACCCCCCACGUCUCUACCCCCUGCGAGCCCGAAAUAUGCCGCUGGAGCGAAUGGUUGGACGUCGACUUCCCCUCUGCAGGACCCAACCAGGGAGACUUUGAAACCUACCAGCACAUCCGGGCCGCCGGCAAGAAAGUCUGUCCACAUCCAAAGGAAAUCGACUGCCGGGCCGAGGACUACCCCGAGCUUCCCAUCACGCAGGUCGGGCAGGUCGUGCAGUGCGACGUCAACUUUGGACUGGUCUGCAAGAACGAAGACCAGACUGGCAAAUUUAAGAUGUGCCUCAACUACAAGAUCCGCGUCCUCUGCUGCAGCGCCAACCCCAACUGCCCAGGACCUAUACCCUACAGCACCACCACCCCGACCAGCACCACCACUCACGCAGCGCCAACCUCCACCUCUGUAACCACCUCCACCCAGUCCACCUCCUCAGAGACCACAUCCCCGACCUACACCACCACCACCCGCCCCACGCCCUCACCUACCCCUUACGUCCCCACCACCACGACCCCCCACGUCUCUACCCCCUGCGAGCCCGAAAUAUGCCGCUGGAGCGAAUGGUUGGACGUCGACUUCCCCUCUGCAGGACCCAACCAGGGAGACUUUGAAACCUACCAGCACAUCCGGGCCGCCGGCAAGAAAGUCUGUCUACAUCCAAAGGAAAUCGACUGCCGGGCCGAGGACUACCCCGAGCUUCCCAUCACGCAGGUCGGGCAGGUCGUGCAGUGCGACGUCAACUUUGGACUGGUCUGCAAGAACGAAGACCAGACUGGCAAAUUUAAGAUGUGCCUCAACUACAAGAUCCGCGUCCUCUGCUGCAGCGCCAACCCCAACUGCCCAGGACCUAUACCCUACAGCACCACCACCCCGACCAGCACCACCACUCACGCAGCGCCAACCUCCACCUCUGUAACCACCUCCACCCAGUCCACCUCCUCAGAGACCACAUCCCCGACCUACACCACCACCACCCGCCCCACGCCCUCACCAACCCCUUACGUCCCCACCACCACGACCCCCCACGUCUCUACCCCCUGCGAGCCCGAAAUAUGCCGCUGGAGCGAAUGGUUGGACGUCGACUUCCCCUCUGCAGGACCUAACCAGGGAGACUUUGAAACCUACCAGCACAUCCGGGCCGCCGGCAAGAAAGUCUGUCUACAUCCAAAGGAAAUCGACUGCCGGGCCGAGGACUACCCCGAGCUUCCCAUCACGCAGGUCGGGCAGGUCGUGCAGUGCGACGUCAACUUUGGACUGGUCUGCAAGAACGAAGACCAGACUGGCAAAUUUAAGAUGUGCCUCAACUACAAGAUCCGCGUCCUCUGCUGCAGCGCCAACCCCAACUGCCCAGGACCUAUACCCUACAGCACCACCACCCCGACCAGCACCACCACUCACGCAGCGCCAACCUCCACCUCUGUAACCACCUCCACCCAGUCCACCUCCUCAGAGACCACAUCUCCGACCUACACCACCACCACCCGCCCCACGCCCUCACCUACCCCUUACAUCCCCACCACCACGACCCCUCACGUCUCUACCCCCUGCGAGCCCGAAAUAUGCCGCUGGAGCGAAUGGUUGGACGUCGACUUCCCCUCUGCAGGACCCAACCAGGGAGACUUUGAAACCUACCAGCACAUCCGGGCCGCCGGCAAGAAAGUCUGUCUACAUCCAAAGGAAAUCGACUGCCGGGCCGAGGACUACCCCGAGCUUCCCAUCACGCAGGUCGGGCAGGUCGUGCAGUGCGACGUCAACUUUGGACUGGUCUGCAAGAACGAAGACCAGACUGGCAAAUUUAAGAUGUGCCUCAACUACAAGAUCCGCGUCCUCUGCUGCAGCGCCAACCCCAACUGCCCAGGACCUAUACCCUACAGCACCACUACCCCCACCACAUAUACUACGUCAUCUCAGUCCACCCCAUGUUUCUGUAAAGUUGGAAAUUCUAUCUUUUCUCCUGGUGAUUUGAUUUACAACCGAAUGGAUAGCGAUGGGUGUCGAUUUUAUGCCAUCUGUAGUCCAACCUGCACAAUCGAGCGACACCUUGUGGGAUGCAAUGCUACUACUCCUGUAACCACAACUUCUACUGCAACAACAACAGUUACUCUGACUACCACUUCUCCAAGCAUUUUCCAUGGUUGUGUUUCUGCUACUUAUCCUCCACUACAGCCUGGACAACGACACAAAUUAUCCAACUGUACUGAGCUCCUUUGUAAGGGAGACAACAACGUGGAAAUAAUUCCAACACACUGCCCGCCUGUAAAGGAAAUCACCUGUGCCAACAAAUACCCAGCCAUACUGGUACCUGAUGAAAACGGCUGCUGUUACCACUAUGAGUGUCAAUGUGUGUGCAGUGGAUGGGGUGAUCCUCAUUACAUUACUUUUGAUGGAAUCUACUAUACUUUCCUUGAAAACUGCACUUACGUCCUGGUGAAACAGAUCGUGCCUAAAUACGACAACUUCCGUGUCUACAUCGACAAUUACUAUUGUGAUGCAAAGGAUGGACUUUCCUGCCCCAAAUCCAUUAUUAUUUUCUACAAAUCAGCCAAAGUGGUGCUGACACGUGAACUUGUGAACGGCGUGAUGACCAAUGUGAUGUACUUCAACAACAAGGUUGUCAAACCAGGCUUCAGGAAGGAUGGCAUCGCUUUCUCCACACUUGGCAUCAACAUGAUUGUGGAAAUCGAAGAGAUUGGUGCGACCAUCACCUUCAGUGGCUUGAUUUUCUCUGUGAAACUCCCAUACAGCAAAUUUGGCAACAACACCGAAGGACAGUGCGGAACGUGUACAAAUGAUAAAUCAGAUGAAUGCCGCUUGCCAAAUGGUAAGAUCAUUUCUUCCUGUCCUCAAAUGGCUCACCACUGGAUCGUUGAUGACAACAAGACGUGCCACGGAAUACCAGUGCCACCAAUUAUAACCACGCCUCCACCAAGGCCUCACUGCGAAACGCCUCCUCUCUGCAAGCUCAUCUGGAGCGAGAUCUUUGCAGCAUGCCAUGCCGUGAUACCACCAGAACCAUUUUUCAAGGGCUGUGUUUUUGAUGGAUGUCGCAUAGGUGAUGAAUCCAUGCAGUGUUCCAGCUUGGAGAUAUAUGCUACAGAGUGUGCUGCUAGAGGUGUCUGCAUUGAUUGGAGAGGCAAAACCAACCACACCUGUCCAUACAAUUGUCCACCACACAUGGUUUACAGGCCCUGUGGGUCCAUUAAUCCUGCUACCUGUGACCAAAGCCCUGUUGAGCUUCCUGGCUAUGGAGUAACUGAAGGCUGCUUCUGUCCUGAAGGAAAGACACUCCUGAGUGAAAACAACCUCAUCUGUGUCUCUGAAUGCUUCUGCAGAGGACCAAAUGGAGCAUCCAGAUCGCCAGGAGAAAAAUGGACAGAAGACUGCCAGGAAUGUGUCUGUGAUAAAUACACCCUUAAAGUCCACUGUAGGAAACACAAAUGUUACCCAACACAGCAAGUGUUUUGUGAUGAACCAGGCUACAUGCCUGUUGAGGUACAGAUAGCAGAAGAGCCAUGCUGCACCAGGACCGAGUGUUAUUGCAACACCAGCCUCUGCCCCGCGACCACCCCGCAGUGCUUAGAUGGACAGGAGGUAGUCACGAUAAUGCAGCCUGGGAAAUGCUGUCCUGCCUUUGAGUGCAGACAUGGCUGUGUAGUCAAUGAAACCUACUACUCGAAAGGCCAGAGAUAA